AGCACUCUUCCAACGAAGCAGAUGUCAAAACAUGGAGUGGGGUUGGGGCCUGCGGACGCUAUUUAUUCUUGUUUUAGUCGGAAACUUUGGUGUUAUUACAGCUAAAUUAUCAAGUCAUAGGCUAUGCUACGACAAAAAAUGCGAAGAGCCUGUGUCUCGGGGCAUGGUACUGAUGCGCUACACAGCCAGCGAGCCUGGCAUGCUCAGCGUCAAGCCCAACGACAAGGUGGUGGUGUACAGCUACCCGGCCGGUGAUAACCCCAGCCUGUACGGCGUCGAGGUGAACGGUCGGCGCGGCUAUGUACCAAAAAACUUUAUACGAGAGCUAAAAAUGGAGAGACGGCCAAAGAGGCUAGUAGAAGUCGAGCCAGUAAGACAGGGUAGAAGUAAAGAUGCGCGGCGGUCAAAGGGACCCGCCGAGCCGUUCUACCCGUAUAGUACCGAGUACCGGCAGAAUCAGCAGCUGCCCAGGCCGAGGGUGGUAGGCCUGGGUCAUGACUGGCAUCACAAGUACGUGAAAACCCUCCGCGAGCGGCAGCAGCAGCAGCAGCGUCUCCAGGAGGAGCAGGCUCGACAGCAGCAGCAGCAGCUUCAGGAAGAACCGGCCCGACAGCAGCAGCAGCAGCAGCAGCAGCAACAACAGCUUCAAGAGGAGCAGGCUCGACAGCAGCGUCUUCAGGAGGAACAGGCCCGGCAGCAGCAGCUUCAACAGGAGCAGGCUCGACGGCAAGAGGAAGAGCAGCAGAGACUGCGCUUCCAGGAAGAGCAAAAACUGCAACAACAGCAGCAGCUGCGAGACGAUGAGAUGAAACAACAGAAGCAGAACCCGGAGGUCGAUGAACAGCAGAAACAGUGGCAACAACAGCAACAGCAAGCGCAGGGACAGCAUCUUCACGCGCCGUCUGCCGCUGUGCCGGACCCGGGCGCGCGCCAGCCGCCGCCCGCUCAGGCCGGUGUGGACCCCGCGUCCUUCCAGCCGGCCGAUCAGCUGCUGGGGCAGCACCCACACCUCCAGCACGAUCACCCCCCGCCGCCGGCUGCAGCUCCCAGUCCGCGGCCGGCCGGGGCGGCCCUGGACGCCACCGGCGGACACCGCGGCCUGUUCGGAGCGGUGCCCGGCGCGGCGGCCUCCCAGCCGCCCCCGCCUCCGCCAGAGAUGCAGGUGACCCUGCCGGGGAUGGCCGAGGACCAAAAGACGCAGCCGACUGUGGGUGCGGUGGAUGCCCAGACAGCGCCGAUCUCAUCUGAGGAGGCCAGUAAACAAGCUGACCCGGCGGUGGCGGAUGGUGCCCAGGGGACAGGACCAGGAAGUGAGAAGCCGCUAGAAGCAACCGAGGCUUCCCCAGCUGACUCGACUGACAAUCAGGCCGGCCAGGAAGCGGAUAUUGAGGCGCCGGACGCUGAGCUCGAGGCAGAUGACGCUGACUAUCCCGGAGACAAUGAAACUGACGACGUAGAUGACGCCGAAGAGGGUUACGACGCGGCUGGUGGCGCCGACUCCGAGACUGAACCAGCACCGAACUCGGAGCGGACGGAUACUGCGGCGGCGGGGCAGAGCGUGGGCGUGGGAACGAUAGAGCAGGUGGGCGGGCCGAGACCAGGCUCAGCCGAGCCGGUGCCACCGCUGUUCGGUGGUGGACCCGCGGAACCGGCAGAACCGGUGGUGCCGGAGAGUGAGAAGGUGGCAGAGAGUGGCACGGAACAGCCGGAGCAGGCGGCUGAGGGCGGGUUCUGGUCCUCUCUGGGCGGCGUCGCGCCGGCGGCUCCUCAACCGGCGGAACCUGCCUUCGCGGAACCUAUCGCUGAGGAACCAGCUGCUGCGGAACCCGUCGCUACGGAACCCGCUGCCGACACAGCCGAGGCCGGCGGUGGUUUCUGGUCAUCUCUCAGUGGCACACCGGCCGCUCCAGAGCCCGCUGUCCCUGUGCCAGACCCGGCCGCUCCUGCUGCUGACGGAAAUGCCGUCUCUGAAGCUGGAUCAGACCCGUCCUCCGCCGCAGCCAGCGCCGGCGGUGCUGUAGACCCCGCCGCCGCCGACGCUGCCACUCCUGAGGCUGCAGCGGCUGAGCCGGCAGACCCGGCGGACCCGGCAGCUGCAGAGACAACGCCAGAGACGGCUGACGAGCAACCGUCGCCAGCUUCUCCCGAGAUACCGGAUCCCGCUGUGGCCGGGGAUUCGUCAGCGCUGCCGCCAGCGGUCGACGCCCCGCCGUCCGGCCACGACCCCCUCUCGGGUCUGUACAGCCCACCCCCCGCCGACGGGCCGGCACCCAGCGACCACUCCAGUUCGAGCGACUCUGCACCGACCGACCCGUCAGCGACCGGGUCGACUCCGACCGACCCCUACGCAGCCGACCUGGCCUCGAGCGACCCCGCCUCGACCGGCCCCGCCUCGAGCGACCCUGCCUCGAGCGACCCGGCCUCGAGCGAGUACGCGUCCUCAUACCCGCCUUCCACCAGCGGCAGCGUGGAAAGUCCCUAUGCCGAGCCGGAGCCGGACAGUGCCAACAGUCAGGCCCAGAGUGCCUACGGAGGGAGUGCCUACGGGGACAGUGCCUACGGGGAGAGUGCCUACAGUCAGUCGGAGCCCGAGGCGCCUGGACUGCUGGAGGAGGUGACGGCUACGCUGCUGCCGUCCAGCCUAUGGGGUCUGGUGGACAGCUACUCGGCCGGCCACGACUCGGACACUUGCGCCGGAGCCGGCGGCGGUGCCCGCGUCUCCGUGCUGCUCUCCACCAUCGGACUGGCGCUCACGGUGCUCCUCAUCGGGGUCCGAGCCGUGGCGCAAUUCCGGUGUGACUCCGAGCUGAAGCGGACCAUCAGCAAGCUGCACCAGCGGCUGACCGUGUAUAAGGAGGAGACGGACGCGCUCAAAUCCAAACUAGAUGCAACUAACAAACAGUUACUGGAGGGCGGCUCGGCGGCCACGCAGGCGGCCCUGCAGGCGGCUGCCGCCGACCAGCAGGCAGCUGAGGAGGAGCUCGAGGAGGCGCGACACCAGAUCAGCGAGCUCGGUAAACAGGUGGCCGGUCUGGAGCAGGAGCUGCAGGAGGCCCAGCAGCUGCUCGAGGAGCAGACGGCCGUCAUCAGCACCCAUCAGAGCGCAUCCAACAACCCCCAGCUGGACUCUAUGAUCGUCGAGACGGUGGGCAAGCUGGAGUCGGACCUCAAACAGCAGCGCAAGAAGCUGAUGGGCGAGAUCGAGAAGCUGAAGAAGGAUAAGAAGAAGCUGGCCGACGAGCUGUCCGUAUCGCGGCCGCUCAUCAAACAGCUCGAGGCCAAAGUCACAGAGCUGGGCAGCAGCAGCCGCGUCAGUGCCGAGGUCGAGGAGCAGCACCGCCAGACGGUGGAGGAACUCACUGAGCGAGCUGAGAAGGAGACUGAGCGGUGCGCGGCCAUCGCGGAGGAGAGGGACGCCGCUGCCGAGAAGCUGUCCGCCCUGGAGCCGCGUGUGACCGAGCUGGAGAGCGAGCGGGACUCUGCGCGCGACCAGGCCGACACGCUGACACAGGAGGUGGACGCGCUGAAGACCAUGCUGAAGACGGUCCAGGACGGCACUGACAACGGCUCCGAAGAGAAGAUCCAGGCGCUGCUGGAGGGUGGGAAGCUGAAGGCUCAGGUAGAAAAACUGACCAAAGAGCGCGCUAAGCUUAAGGAAAAAUGGAAGCAGGAACGAGAAAUGCUCAAAAAGGCUCAAGAGGCGGAGAAAACGCUGAGCUCGGAGCUGAGUCAGCUCUCGGAGCGCUGCGAGAAAGCCGAGGUCGACCGGUUCGAGGCCGAGUCCAAACUCGAACACCUCGAAAAGUACUUCCAGAAAAAGGAGCUCUCCUUCCAAGAGGAGAUGGGCGUGCUCAAGUCGCGGUUGACCCACUCAGAGGGAGACGCCUCCAGUAACCAGGGGCUGCUCGUGCAGUACGAGGAGCAGAUCGCCACCUAUCGCUCUCAGGUGGAGUCGCUCAAACAGGAGAUCCAGGAGACGGAGCGUUCGUUCCGGUCUCAGAUCCAGGCUCUGGAGAAGCGCGCCCACGAGAGCUGGGUGACGUGUCGCCAGGCCGAGCGGCGACUGGAGGAAGCCAACCGAGAGGCGCAGCAGUACAGGGCGCUGCUGACGAAGGCAGAAGAAGAGAAGAAUAAUUUAGUAAAUGGGCAAGCAAGUUUGCAGUCUUUCAACUCGAACGGCACGGGCGCGGUGUCCCCUGGCCCGGAGGUGGACCCGCUGGCUGACCCCCUGCUCUCGGCAGCGUUCCUGCCCCCUCCGCCCCCUCCCGGCCUGGACCCGUUCCUGGCGGCGCCUCCGCCGCCGCCGGCCGGCGCCGACCCCUCCUCGUUCCUGCCGCCGCCUCUGCCGCCGCUGUACGCCGCGCCCCUGCCGCCGCCCGACGGACGAUACGACGAGUUCGGACCGCGCUACGGACGCGACUCUCCUCUGUCGGAGCGCUCGCACCGCUCGGAGCGUGGCUACGUGUCGCCGCCGCUGGCCGGCCGCCGUCCGACAGGUAGAGACUGGUCGCCGCCGGCGGCCGGGCCGCGCCGCACCCUGUCGCGCUCCUCGUACAGCCCUGAUCGGCUGAGCGACGGACGUGGCCUGUCGCCCGAGCGGCGCCGGCCGCCUCUGCCGCGCUACGUCGGCGGUCACGACGAGUACCGAGGGCCGAAGACGUCCUCUCCUCUGGUACAAGACGACUACGGCCGGUCACACGACAAGCGGAAGCAGCCAUACGACAGGAUCUAAUAGCUCUCUCUCCGGCGGCCGCGCCGCCCCCGCCCUCCUGUACGGGUCUCCGCCGCCCCCGCCGCCGCCGCGGCCGCGGGGAGGGCGGCCGCCCACCAAAGCCCGGCGCAUGGACCGCCGGUAUAUCUGUUGAACAAGGACCCCCUCGGCCACCGCCGCCGUCCGCGCGGAGUGCCCCAUUAUGUGCAUUACGAGCUGUAGGCGCACCACCAGCCGCGCCCCCGAGAUCCGGGCACGGCCGGCGCCGCAGCCUGUUGUUGUGCUCCAUUGAGCAGACGAAAGCCUGUAUAUAGCCUUUAUUUAAAGCCGCCACAUUCCGCGCGCGGGCGCCGCCGCGCCGGCCGCGUCUCCCUGGCCCUGGCCACCGACCGGGCCCCGUGAUAUAUCGCUGUAGGCGGGCCGAGCUCCAGUGUAUGGCGGAAAUACGGACCGCCACGGAGUGACCGAAUCGUUAGUGAAGUGAACAGACGACUCCCGUACGAUAAAUACAAGGUUUGGGAACAUUU